UGAGAAAUUUCAACGGACAGCAAACACACACCAGCAAGUCUUCCCCUCGACGCGUCCAGCAACCAGCAGAGCCUCUGUCAGCUUGUCCAGGCCGUCCUCGAUCUCUCUAUCUCUCCAUCAGGCUUUCAGUACCGACGUCUUCCAGAAUUUGUCAAGGGAACACAUACGCCGAGCUGGCUCGGUGAGUGCGACACGUCCCCUCCACUGACCCAAUGGCCUCGGCAACGGUCUCGAAACGCGUACAACCCAAGUCAAGAUCAGUCCGGCAAGCAGAAAUAGAUGCCUACAAUCGCGCAAAUCUGCUUCAAAUAGUUGUGCCAGGUGUCUUGCUUGCGCUUCUAGCAGGCGCACAUUGCUUUGCUCCAGGAGCGACUGCAUACACUGAAAAGUUCUUUGCCGUGUCUUACUGUAACGCGCGGCUACAAGGUGCUGCACAUUCUCUACGGACAGCUGGACGCGAGACGCUCUGUGCAAAAGGCAUUGAUGAUGCAUACCUCGUCGCGACUGGCAUCCUGGCCUUCACGAUGAUUCGAGCAGCCAUGAUGACACAUGUCUUUACUCCCUUGGGUCUCUCACAAGGUAUCAGGAAGCCCAAGGCCUUGAUGCGGUUCUCUGAGCAGGCGUGGGGCUGUACCUAUGCUGUCACGUCAUGUUCUAUCGGCAUGUACCUGUACUACAACAGCGAGUACUGGCUCGACAUGGAUGGUUUCUACUCACAUCACCCACGCACCCUCAUGUCCCGCACCCUGAAGCUCUUUUACCUCCUUGAAUUUUCGUUUUGGCUACAACAAAUUCUCAGUCUCAAUGUCGAAGCGAGACGGAAGGACUAUAUGCAGAUGUUUGGUCACCACAUCUUGACCAGUGUCCUUAUGUUUCUUUCCUACACGCACCACAUGACCCGCGUGGGUCAUACAAUCUUGACACUCAUGGACUUCGCUGAUAUUUUCUUGCCAUUGGCCAAGAUGCUCAAGUACACGGGCCACCAGACACUUUGUGAUGGGACGUUUGUUAUGUUCUUGCUCUCAUGGGUGGUGACUCGGCAUUACCUCCUCACCAAGAUUAUUGUCCAUGCACACAUGCGACAACCCGUCCUCAACAACAAGGGCGAGAAUGUGACGUUUGUAUUUGUUGGGUUGCUCUCGGCAUUGGAAAUCUUGAUUUGCGUGUGGUCGUACUCCAUUGCCAAGAUCUUGGUGAAGGUGGUGCGUGGUGCACCGGCGGAUGAUACGCGUAGUGAUACAGAGGAUUCAGAUUCAGGCGGCUCGACUCGGCCGUCGACGCCGUCUGAGAAGAUGAAUGGGUAUGCGCAUAAGAGCGAGUGACUACGCUCUAGAUAGACAUGUACCUUGCCCUCUUGGCUGUUGCCUGUUGGACACUUGGUAGAGCGUGAAUUACAAAAUGCAUCUCGAGACU